AUGGGUAAUUGUUGUGUAACACCAUCAGAAGUCCCUGAUCAUGAGAAAAAGAAGCACAAGAAGAAACAAAACCCCUUUGCUUUAGAUUACAGGCCUCAUAAUGGAGGCCAACACAAGCUGACUGUGUUAAAAGAGCCAACAGGAAAAGAAAUUGAGCAAAGAUAUGAACUUGGUAGAGAACUAGGCAGGGGUGAGUUUGGAAUCACAUAUUUGUGUACUGAUAAGGAGACUGGCGAGAGUUUUGCUUGCAAAUCUAUCUCUAAAAAGAAGUUAAGGACAGCUGUUGAUAUAGAGGAUGUGAGGAGAGAAGUGGAGAUCAUGAAACAUAUGCCUCAGCAUCCUAAUCUUGUGACCUUAAAGGAUACUUAUGAGGAUGAUAAUGCAGUUCAUUUGGUGAUGGAAUUAUGUGAAGGAGGAGAGUUGUUUGAUAGGAUUGUGGCUAGAGGACAUUACACCGAAAGGGCUGCUGCUGCUGUUACAAAGACCAUUGUGGAGGUUGUUCAGAUAUGCCACAAGCAUGGGGUGAUGCAUCGGGAUCUAAAACCUGAGAACUUUUUGUUUGCAAACAAGAAGGAGAAUGCACCUUUGAAGGCAAUUGAUUUUGGAUUGUCAGUGUUUUUCAAACCUGGUGAAAGAUUUACUGAGAUAGUUGGAAGUCCAUACUACAUGGCUCCUGAAGUGCUAAAGAGGAAUUAUGGCCCAGAAAUAGAUGUCUGGAGUGCUGGUGUAAUACUUUACAUCUUACUUUGUGGUAUUCCACCCUUCUGGGCAGAAACUGAACAGGGAGUUGCACAAGCAAUUAUUAGGUCGGUUAUUGACUUUAAGAGGGAUCCUUGGCCCAAAGUUUCUGAUAAUGCGAAAGACCUUGUGAGAAAGAUGCUUGAUCCUGACCCGAAGCGCCGGCUUACAGCACAGCAAGUGCUAGAUCACCCUUGGCUGCAAAAUGCAAAGAAGGCUCCUAAUGUUUAUUUGGGUGAAACAGUGAGAUCAAGGCUCAAGCAAUUCUCUUUUAUGAACAAACUCAAGAAAAGAGCUCUGAGGGUAAUAGCUGAGCAUUUGUCAGUUGAGGAAGUUGCUGGCAUAAAGGAGGGAUUCCAACUGAUGGAUACUGGCAACAAGGGCAAGAUUAACAUUGAUGAGCUUAGAGUUGGAUUACAAAAACUUGGCCAGCAGGUCGCUGAGAGUGAUCUUCAAAUUUUAAUGGAAGUGGGUGAUGUAGAUCGAGAUGGUUAUCUGGACUAUGGAGAGUUUGUGGCUAUUACUGUUCACUUGAGAAAGAUGGGGAAUGAUGAACACCUUCGCAAAGCCUUUGAAUUCUUUGAUCAAAACCAAAGCGGGCACAUAGAAAUUGAUGAGUUAAGAGAUGCCUUGGCUGAUGAAGUUGAUGGAAGCAAUGAAGAAGUUAUUAAUGCUAUUAUUCAUGAUGUGGACACAGAUAAGGAUGGAAAAAUAAGUUACGAGGAGUUUGCCACAAUGAUGAAGGCUGGAACAGAUUGGAGGAAAGCAUCAAGGCAAUAUUCACGAGAGCGGUUCAACAAUCUGAGCCUGAAACUAAUGAAGGAUGGAUCAUUAAAAUUGGCUAAUGAGGGCAGAUAA